AUCAAGUAGCGAGGGCAUCAUUGGGGUGAUGCCAGUUGAGCGCGCUCUCGCGUUGACGUUAGACAGCAGGAGCCACAGAAGCUCCAGGGAGGUGGUACGCGUUCAACGGAUAUAAAAAAAAAAAAAAAGAAAAGAAGGAGAAAGAGCAUAAUGACGAACGAGAGAUUGGCUUUGGAUAAGCCACUUUGGGAUCUGAGUACCUUCGCAGGUAGAUGGAAACAUUUUGCCUGGGUUACGGAUUUUCGAACUUGCAUCCUUCCUGAACAAAAAUUGAUUGCCGCUAAGAAAUUAUGCGAAGAUUACAGACUUGGAAAUGAGCCAGCUGGUACCACCAGAAAAGAAAUCAUCUAUGCUAAGAAGCUCUACGAGUCGGCCUUUCAUCCGGACACUGGCGAUCUACAAAAUGUCUUUGGUAGAAUGUCCUUCCAGGUGCCAGGUGGUAUGGCUGUGACCGGUGCCAUGCUUCAAUUCUACAAAACAACCACGGCAGUAGUUUUUUGGCAAUGGGUCAAUCAGUCAUUUAACGCGCUCGUCAACUAUACCAAUAGAAAUGCAAAUAGUCCAGUGACCACAAAUCAAUUGGGUGCGGCUUAUGUUAGUGCUACAGCAGCAGCAAUGAUAACAGCAAUAGGAUGUAAAUCUUUUUGGGAGAAAAGGGCAAAUCCUUUGAUGGCAAGGUAUGUGCCGUUCGCUGCGGUAGCUGCUGCUAAUUGUGCAAAUAUACCAUUAAUGAGACAAAAUGAGAUACUAAAUGGAAUCGAAGUUACCGACGAGAAUGGCCAAAAGCUUAGUAAAUCGAAAAUAGCUGCUGUGAAAGGCAUCAGUCAAGUCGUUAUCUCGAGAAUCAUUAUGUGUGCACCUGGCAUGUUGAUUCUCCCACCUAUAAUGGAAAGGUUAGAGAAAUACGAAUGGAUGCAAAGAAUUAAAAUCUUUCAUGCACCAAUACAAGUUAUGAUGGUUGGAUGCUUCUUGACGUUCAUGGUACCGACUGCUUGUGCGUUGUUUCCACAAAACUGUUCAAUCGCAGUCAGUACUUUGCAACGAUGGGAGCCCGAAAGUUAUGAACUUUUAUUGAAGAAUUGCGAAGGAAAGGAUAUACCAAUGCAUUUAUAUUUCAACAAGGGAUUAUAAUAAGCUCAAAGGUUUGCUCCAGAGACGAAUAACAAUUAUGUAUAUACCAUCGUUUGAGUUUCUCAUUAGAAACUCGUUAGAAUUACGUUUGGUCACAUGAUUUGAAAUUUUGAAAUUCACAUUGAAUUGAAAACGGUAGUAGUGAUGAUUAUGAGGAUGAUGAUGAUGAUGAUUAUGAUUAUGAUUGAUAAUGAUGAUUAUGUUUGAUGAUGAUGAUGAUGAUGAUGAUGAUGAUGAUGUUACUUUUAGAUAUAACGGUGCUAUUUGUUGUACAUCGAAACUCUUUCUUUUUUUUUUUUUUAUUUAUUUACUUUUUUCUAAUCGUCUAUACGUUUAUAUACACGCAUCGCAUAGAUUGAUUUACAUGUAAAAUGUUUCUUCGACAUGUUUCCAGAUAUUACAUAUAAAUAUUCUCGUUAAAAAGCAAUCGUCUUGUAGGACGGAUCAAGCAAUAAACGUUGACAAUAUGUAAACUGGUGCUUUCUGCUAUAGGAAGAUAUUGUUUUUCUCUUUUAUAUUAAUGCUUAAUGGAGGCAGAGAGAGAGAGAGAGAGAGAGAGAGAGA